UGAAAGUCAGUGACCUCGCAGGAGCCGAUCAAAAAAGAACACCCACUCAAAAACCCCGCGGUGUUGUAGCUCCUGGAGCUUAUUAUUCACCGUCAGUUAAGUAGAGUUAAAUAGAGAUCAGAUCGGGCUGUCGUGUGUCGCAGCCAUGAACUGUCUGAGAGCGUUGCGUCUGUCAAACUCUGGACAGCUGAUCGUCAAAAACACUGAAGCGGCGAAGAAGGUUUUCAUCAUCCAGCCAGCAUGUUGUCUGAGCACUAAAUCAACAACAGUGCCCCAGAGACGACCGCUUGCUCACUUUGAUCAUUUCCAUCUCAAAACGAAUGCGUAUUCAAAGUCCCCCAGCUCUGGAGUGGAAGACAUGCUUUAUUACACCAUUACAGAGGGGAAAGAGCAAGUCCCCAUUUCAUACUUUACCUCAGCCCUGAAGAAAACUGGCCUUCACCCAUCAGACCCUCGUCUGAAGGACUGCAUGGAGAAGCUUCGAAGCGCUGCAAAUGAAUCUGUUAGCGAGGUGAUAAUGGACAGAGACCUUUUCCACAGGUGUGUCGGUGGAAACAUUGUCCUGCUGAUCCAGGCCUUCAGAAAGAAAUUUAUCAUCCCUGAGUUUGAUGUGUUUGCACAAAAGAUCAAUGAAAUCUACAACACAGUGCAAAAACAAAGAGAUGGGAAGGUUGCAGACUACAUCCCCCAGUUGGCCAAGUUUAGCCCCGAACUGUGGGGUGUGUCUUUGUGUACAGUGGAUGGCCAGAGGCACUCAGUAGGUGACACCAAGCUGCCUUUCUGCCUGCAGUCCUGUGUGAAACCCCUGCAGUACGCUGUCGCUGUCCAUGAGGCAGGAACAGAGACUGUUCACCGUUAUGUUGGCAUGGAGCCCAGUGGAUUCAAGUUCAAUAUGCUGUCACUUGAUGAUGAAGAUAAACCCCACAACCCCAUGGUGAACGCUGGAGCCAUAGUGAUCAGCUCUCUUAUCAAGCCUCGUUCAAAUAAGGCAGAGAAGUUCGACUAUGUUAUGGAGUUUGUGAAAAAGAUGGCAGGUCAAGAGUAUGUGGGAUUCAGCAAUGCCACGUUCCAGUCAGAAAAAGAAACAGGCGACAGAAAUUUUGCCAUUGGAUACUACAUGAAAGAGAAGAAGUGUUUUCCUCCGGACGCAGAUAUGAUCGAUGCCCUGGACUUCUACUUCCAGCUUUGCUCCAUCGAGGUGACCUGUGAAUCAGGAAGUAUCAUGGCUGCCACUCUGGCCAACGGAGGGAUCUGUCCAAUCACAGGCGAGCGUGUCCUGAGUGCAGAGGCAGUCCGAAAUACUUUGAGUCUCAUGCACUCGUGUGGCAUGUAUGACUUUUCUGGUCAGAUGGCCUUUCAUGUGGGUUUGCCGGCCAAAUCUGGGGUGUCCGGUGCAGUACUGCUGGUGAUCCCGAAUGUCAUGGGAGUGAUGUGUUGGUCUCCUCCACUGGACAGAGUUGGAAACAGCGUCCGGGGAAUACACUUCUGUCAGGAGCUCGUGUCACUCUUCAAUUUCCACAAUUAUGACAACUUGAGGCACUUUGUGAAGAAGCAGGACCCUCGCAGACAGGGUGGAGAUGACAGGAACAAGUCUGUUUUCAGUUUGAUGUUCGCCGCCUACAGUGGCGAUGUGUCAGCCCUGAGAAGGUUUGCUCUCUCAUCCAUGGACAUGGACCUAAAAGACUAUGAUUCUCGAACAGCGCUACAUAUCGCUGCAGCAGAGGGUCACUUAGAUGUGGUGAAGUUCCUUACUGAAACCUGCAAAGUUGAUCCAUUUGUAGAAGACAGGUGGGGGAACCUACCAGUUGAUGAUGCCAUGCAGUUCGGACAUGACGAGAUGGUGAAGCUGCUGAAAGACUACCAGCAGGUCUGCAGGCAGCAGGAAAUACAGCACCCUAAGGCCGAGCAUUCCUCAAAGUUGGACACUAUCGAGGGCAUGGUGUGAUGUCUUUAAAUAAAGUCUACAAAGUGCAACAUGUUUGAAAUAUGAAGGUCAGUUUGUAGCACAUAAAAUGAGUGCCAAGCAAAGAGCAGAAUAUGACUAAAUAAACAUGAAUUAACUAUGCAAACUGCAGUAAAAGAGAAUGUUUAUCAGUGAACAGGAAAAUGGAAUAUACAUUUAGUGGACACUUUUAUCCAAAGCAACUUACAAUUGCUAUACAUGUCAGAGGUUGCAUGCCGCUGGAGCAACUAGGGGUUAAUUGUCUUGUUCAGGGACACAAUGGUGGAUGGGUCACAGUGGGGGAUUGAACCGAGGUCUCUCACACCAAAGCUAUAGGCAUAUCCAUUGUGCCAUCGCCACCCCUCAAUAUAAAGUAGAGAAGAAAAUACAAUACAGACAAUAGGAGAGAGUAAGCAUAAUAAGCAAGCCAACAGAAUACAACAUUUGUGGGCUUGUGUAAACAGUAACAUAUGCUGCUAACAGACUCAGACUAAUUUCGAAUCAGUGCUGCUGGAAUAUAUCACCAGCCUGGACACAAUGUUCACUUUAUGGUAAUAUUCAUGUAGGCUUAUAUGUAGCAUAGAUUCUUAGUAUUGUUGAGGAGGCAUUUGAUAAACUCAAAAGGUGGAUAUUUGUCCUUCUAUUGCUUCUCAUUUCUUACAGCAGUACAUUUUUAUUGUGCCUUGUUGAAACCUUCAAGUAUGCCAAACUAUCUGAAAUGUUUGGAUGCAAGACUCAUGUAUCGCUAAUUGUGGGAGGCAAGGUAAGGAAUAGUACAUGAUCCCUAUAAAUUGAAUGUCAGAUAUAUUGUAUAUAUUGUGUUCUUCAGCUGUAAAUAAGUACACUGGAUUGCUGAUACAUAAAUAUAUUAUUAUACAAAAUGUCAUAACUUUUAUGCACAUUUUAACUCUGCGUGAACAAGAAAUUCCAAAGACUAAUUUAUCAUGUGAAUUAUUUUGACAUUGAAGACAUCCAUUAAACAUAUUUUAUUUAUCUGCCACCCAUAGUGUAGUUUUGUUUUGAUUUUAUUAGAGGAGUCAAUGCAUCAUGCAGUCAACGAUUUGAUGUUAAGACAGUAAGCGGCAUGUACUAAAUCAGCUGAAUGUAGGAAUACAAGAUGAAGAAGCAGCAGGAGACGUCUGGUGUUGUCAGGAGGUGGUCGGCAGUGAAUUGUUUUAAAUGCCGUUAUUACAACAGUGUUUCUUUGCAUAAUUGUGUUUUUUAGGAAACAGACAGUAAGGAGAUAAAUUCACCUGUGGCUACAAAUGAGACAACUAACUUACACUGUGGCAUGGCCAUCUCAUUUUAACAGACUUUCCCUUGUAUUUAUUUAUAAAUUUGGAAUUAAUCAGUGUUGA